AUGUGCUUGCCCUAUCCUAGAUUCCUGGUGGAGAGGCCUGACAUAACAGAAGGACCAGCAGACAAGAUGGCAGAGAUGCAGAUAGAUCCAGACCUGGCCAAGAGACUCUUUUUUGAGGGUGCUACAGUUGUCAUUUUGAACAUGCCUGAGGGGACAGAGUUUGGCAUUGAUUACAACACUUGGCAUGUGGGCCCCAGAUUCCGGGGAGUCAAGAUGAUCCCUCCAGGCAUCCAUUUCUUCCACUAUAGCUCUGUCAACAGGUGUAAUACCAAAGAGACAGGUCCCCGUACUGGCUUCUUCUUAAGCCUGCAGCAGCGAGACUUGCAGAUUCUGCACUGGAACUCAUUGAAUGAGGAAGUGGACCUCACCCCAGCAUCUGAAGAAGAGAUUGAAAUAAUGAGGUCAAACCUCCAGGAGAUGGACAAGUUUCUUGGGCCAUACCCAUAUGAGACCCUCAAGAAAUGGAUCUCCCUCACUAACUUCAUCAGUGAACCAGUGAUGAAGAAGCUGCAGCCAGAGAGUGGACAGAUCUGUGCCUUUUCAGAGGUUCUUCCAGUUCUGGCUGGGAAGCACACCAAAGACAGAGCUGAACAGAACCUGCCCCGAUAUGACACAGAAUGUAAGAGCUACGCAGAAGGCCUGGCCCGACUGCCCAAAAUGAAGCUGAAAGCUGGCACUGAGAUCCGGUUCACAGAGAUGCCAAAGCAGAUGUACCCUGAUGGUGCCACUCCUGAGGAAAUAACCAGGCACAGCAUGGACCUUAGCUAUGCUCUGGAAACAGUGAUUAACAAGCAGUACUCCAGCCAGCCUCAGGAUGUGCUCGCCGAGCUGCAGUUUGCUUUCAUCUGCUUCCUGAUUGGGAAUGUCUAUGAUGCAUUUGAGCACUGGAAAAAACUUCUGAAUGUUUUGUGCAGAUCAGAGGAUGCCAUAGGAAAGCAUCAGGCCCUCUACACCAACCUCAUUUCUGUCUUGUACCACCAGCUCAGUGAAAUUCCAGCUGACUUCUUUGUGGACAUAGUCUCCCAGGACAACUUUUUAACCAGCACCUUACAGGUGUUUUUUUCCUACACCUGCAGCACCACCGUUGACAGGACGCUGAGGAAAAAGGCAGAAAAAUUUAAAGCCCACCUAACUAAGAAAUUCAAAUGGGACUUUGAAGCUGAGCCAGAUGACUGUGCACCUGUGGUAGUGGAGCUGCCAGAAGGAGUGCUAUUGGACUAAAUGAAAUGCUGUUUUGGAACCAAACACGGGGGGGGGGGGGGUUGUUUUUUUAGCUUAUUUUUCUUCCCCUCUUCCCGAAUUCGCCAGCUUUCUUAAUUCUGUAUCACAUCCUGUGAAAUGAACUUGGUGAUCCUGAGACGAUUCCUGCUCCUACUAUAGAAGCAGAUCUGGGAAGCCCAGAAACAUUGCAUAUUCGGUCUCCAAGCCAGAGCUCUUUCGUUGUGGGCUCGGGCAUUGUUCUACAAGCCAUUGGGACAGAGUAUACCCACAUGAUGCAAUGCAUCCAGGGUCACUGAGUACUCGGGCAAUUUGUAUUUCCUUAGCUCUUCUGCAAGUGCUAGUUCAUGGACAUAACCACCUGUUGGAUGGCCGUAGCCAUCUUCUAUUGAAGAAGCCCUACGUGAAGCCAUUUGCCUUCUAGAGUCUGGAGCCUGUACUCUAGCUUGAUGCCUUUAGAAUUAGGAGGUAGGUUGAACUACCUUGUGAUCACUACAUCCUUCUCCAGCCCCAACCCAUGUUGACUGUACUUCUGCAAUAGCAUGCUGCGAUGGAAAAAAAUAUCCUUUACUAAAUCCUCCUAUUCCAUAGCUCUGACACUAAAAUAACCAGAUCUGAGGAGUAACACCUUUACAUAAGCACUGACAACGCUAUAAUUGCAGUGGCAGAGAGACUGAAUCUGCUUAGCCUGGUGUAAGAGAAUCUGAACAGUUUGGUAACCAGAAAUUGAAUUUUUGGGAAGUAGUCACCUGGUAUUCGAAACAAAAAGCCAGCCAUGAGAUACAAGGUCAGAUUUUUCACAGACUGUCCUUGUUGUUUGAGAUCUCUGGAACUCUUCCUGUAAUUAUUUUUUGCUUCUCACUGAUCAUCUCUCAUUAAUAAUCAUGUGAGGAGACUGGUGUUCAUUCAGAGCUGAAUUCCUGUAGUAGUUAUCCUGUAAUUCUCACUCUGUGUAAGACAGAGGGGGUUUUUGUUUGUUUGUUUUUUAAACAAGAAUCCCUACUGGUGUAGGGAUUAGGCUGUGUUCAACUUGCUUCUUUCUUUCUAGAUUGACUCCUUAAGGAAUGUAUUGUAUACGUGCCCAACAUGGUAACCUACUUAUUAGUCUUUCACAACAGUAGUUCAAAAUAAAUCUUCCUAUGUUACUUUCCUACAGAAAUAUC